UCUAUAUGCGCCUGCGUGCGAGAGAGGGAGCGCGCGCACGCACGUGCGUGUUCUCGCGGUAUUUGGAGAAACAGGAGCAGGUAGACAGGAGUUGAGGGAAGGAACCCCCGAGCGGCUGUGAAGGAAGCCACGGCAUCGGCGGCCAGGACGAGGACGACGACGAUUUUUUCCACAUUCUCGCGAGAGUUGGUGGCUAACCUUCUCCCCUGCUCACUUUUCUACCUUUCUCCCCCCACCCCUCCCCCACCCCAACCUGGAAGCGGCGCCGUUCCGCACUGGGAAGUACUAGGAAGAGGAUGGAGAUUUCAGCUUGGGGGCCCCGCUAGAGACUCGGGCUCAGGCAGGGGAACCCCUUCAGUAGGAGCUCGUUGGCCCUGCCUAAGGGGCCCGGGUUUUUCCACAGAGCCAGGCGUUGGGGCGAGUGGAGGUCUGUACACCAUCCUUCUGCCUUGUUAGGAACUUAGCCAGUUUUGAGGUAGCAAAUAAAUCCGACCCACACCCUUCUUUCUGUAGGGACUCGGGGCCUUGAGUUGUGGGAGGGCUUCCCCAGCCAAGGGAAACCCAUUGCUUAAAUAGUUGGGUGGCUUACAAACGAAGGGGCCUACUACUUAAGGAACUCCUGCUUCAGAAGACUGGGAGUGAGUGGGCUCUCUUUCCUGAGCUCUUUUUUUUGGGGGGGGUAGUUGGUUUGAGAACCGCCAGCUUCUUGCCCAUUUACAAAACUAGAGACCUAGGAGUAUCUCACCUAGGCCUCCUGGAGUGUUUAUACUCUGACACUAAGUGGUCAGCUGUGAUCUAGAGGUAAGGAAAGGUUGGGUACUUGCUGAGGGUCUUAACUACCCACUGCUUCCAUCCUGCUCUUGAAGUCUGAGAGCAGAAGACAUCCUAGCAAGUGUUAUUUAUUUCCUGUUCAAAGGGUUGAGGUAGCUCUGCCCAGAGUUUUAGAUCUGCCUCUUAGACAACUUACCUUGUAAUAUUAUAGACUUUAGACCCAAUCCCUUGUAAGGCAACCACAUUCACCCACAUGUAGGAGAGAGUAGUGUGGGUUGAAUGUAGGAAAGAUAACAAAAGGGAAAGCAGCCCUUCUGUUGUGGAAGGGAGUAUCUUAAGGUUUAGAACUUGGGGGUUUUGGAGGAUUCCCCCCUCUUUUCAAGCACAGUGGAGAAGGAAUGCCAAACCCAGAGAGACAUGGGGGUAAGAAGGAUGUGGGAGGAGGGGGGUCCUUACAUCAAGAAGCAGUGUCCAGCAGUGGGAGCUCAAACAGCAAAGAGAGGCACCGGCUCUCCAAACAUAAAAGACACAAGUCCAGGCAUUCCAAAGACUCACCGUUUGGGGUCCAAGAAGCAGGAGCACCGCUCGGCAGCAUGAUCAAGCCAUUGGUAGAAUAUGAUGAUAUCAGCUCUGACUCGGACACCUUUUCAGAUGAAGCAGUCCUCAAGGUAGAACGCAAGGAGAAUGAUGAGAGAAAAGGAACAACGGAGAGAAGUGACCGGCUACACAGGCAUCGGCAUCACCAGCACAAGCGGGUCCGUGAAUUGAUGAAAAGCAAGCUGGUAGACAAGGAGAAGAGGCUGGACAGGAACCACGACUCCUCAGGCAAGUUGAGUUCCACCAAGGAAAGGGUGUCGGGGACUUCCAAAAAGCUGCAUGAGGAGAAUGAUGACCAUUCAUCUAAAUCAUUCAAAAGCAGUAGUAAGGAUUCCCGGUCAACCAGAUUGCAUAAGGAGAAGUCCAGGAAAGAGAGAGAAGCAAAAUCUGGUCAUAAGGACCGUAGCAAAAGUCACCGGAAAAGGGAUGCUCCCAAAAGCUACAAAUCAUUGGACAGUCCAAAACGGAAAUCCAGGAGUCCCCAUCGCAAGUGGUCAGACAGUCCCAAGCAAGAUGACAGCCCCUCAGGAGCAUCCUACACCCAGGACUAUGAUCUUAGCCCUCCACGCUCACACACAUCCAGUAACUAUGAUUCUUACAAGAAGAGUCCCGGUGGGUCGUCACGGAGACCAUCAGUCAGCCCACCAUACAAGGAACCUGCUGCAUACCAGUCCAACAUGCGCUCUCCCAGCCCUUAUGGCAGAAGACAACGAUCAGUUAGCCCAUACAACAGGAGGCGUUCAUCUAGCUACGAGAGGGGAAGUGGAUCAUACAGUGGCAGGUCCCCCAGUCCAUUUAACCGAAGGCGCUCUAGCAGUCCUUUUGUUUCCAAGCGAUCACUGAGCCGGAGUCCUGUGUCCAGGAAGCCAGUGAAGUCUCGAAGUAGAAGUCCUGCUUAUUCGAGGCACUCAUCGUCACAUAACAAAAAGCAGAGGUCUGGGUCCCGCAGUCGCCAUUCCAGUAUCUCACCUGCCCGGCUACCAUUGAACUCCAGCCUAGGAGCUGAGCUGAGUAGGAAGAAAAAGGAAAGGGCAGCUGCAGCUGCAGCAGCAGCAAAGGUUGAUGGGAAGGAGAUGAAGGACUCUCCUAGUUUUUUGUCUAGGAAAGAAAACAGUUUGCCUGAAGUUAAAGAGCCAGUGGUUGAGGCCAAGAAGGCAAAAAUGGCUAAGCCUGAGAAGUGCCCUUCUGACAUUGAGCCAGCAAAUGUCAUACAGCACAAUGCAGAGACAAAAACUACUCCUGAGCCCAUAAAAACAAAGGCAGUGGAGAACUCUGAGAAGAAAUUGUCUGCUUCAGUUAAAGACUCAAAAGCAAUGGGAACAAAAGAAAUGAAACUUGCAGGAGGAAAGGAGGAAAUUGUGACUCCAAAGGAAACAGAGACAACAGAACAAGAGGUCCCACCUUCUUUGCCUUCUGUUAAGUCACUACCUCCACUGCCAACCUCAUCACCCCCUCCUCAGGCUCCUCCUCCAUUACCCCCUUUGCCUCCAUCACCACUGGUUCCCCCUCUGCCACCUGCCCAGUCACCUGCCACUCACACCCCUGCUUUAGUUCCAUUGUGUCUGCCAUCUUCCACCCACUCCAGGACAUCUCUGAAUACUCAGGCUAAUUCCCAAUCCACUGUGCAGUCCUCCUUAAAGGCACAUGUUUCUGUGACAACUGCUGUCCCGCAUCUGAAAACAUCAACAUUGCCUCCACUUCCUUUUCCACCUAUUCUGCCUGGGGAAGAUGACAUGGAUAGUCCAAAGGAGAUUGUUCCUUUGAAACCUGUGAAGAAAGAGAGAGAACAGAGACCACGACACUUGCUCACAGACCUCCCACUCCCUCCAGAGCUUCCUGGUGGAGAUCCUUCACCCCCAGAGUCUCCAGAGCCAAAGGCAGCCACACCACCUCAGCAACCAUUGAGAAAGAGACCAAAAAUCUGUUGUCCUCGUUAUGGUGAGAGGAGGCAGACAGAAAGUGACUGGGGAAAGCGCUGUGUGGACAAAUUUGAUAUAAUUGGUAUUAUCGGUGAAGGAACCUAUGGGCAAGUGUACAAAGCCAAGGAUAAGGACACAGGUGAGUUGGUGGCUUUGAAGAAAGUGCGACUGGACAAUGAAAAGGAGGGAUUCCCCAUCACAGCUAUUCGUGAAAUCAAGAUUCUCCGGCAGUUAAUUCACCGCAGUGUUGUCAACAUGAAGGAAAUAGUCACAGACAAGCAAGAUGCACUGGAUUUCAAGAAGGACAAAGGUGCCUUUUAUCUUGUAUUUGAAUAUAUGGACCACGACCUCAUGGGAUUGCUAGAAUCUGGAUUGGUGCACUUCUCAGAGGACCACAUUAAGUCUUUCAUGAAGCAGUUGAUGGAGGGGCUGGACUACUGUCACAAAAAAAACUUUCUCCAUCGAGACAUCAAAUGCUCCAACAUCUUAUUAAACAACAGUGGGCAGAUCAAGCUGGCAGACUUUGGACUUGCCCGGCUCUACAGUUCAGAAGAAAGCCGUCCAUAUACCAAUAAAGUCAUUACAUUAUGGUAUCGACCACCUGAGUUGCUGCUAGGUGAGGAACGUUACACGCCAGCCAUAGAUGUUUGGAGCUGUGGCUGCAUCCUUGGGGAACUAUUUACAAAGAAGCCUAUUUUUCAAGCCAAUCUUGAGUUGUCCCAGCUUGAAUUAAUCAGCCGCCUUUGUGGAAGCCCCUGUCCAGCUGUGUGGCCAGAUGUCAUUAAGCUACCUUACUUCAACACCAUGAAACCGAAGAAGCAGUAUCGAAGGCGCCUGCGGGAGGAGUUUUCCUUCAUUCCUUCUGCUGCUCUUGACCUACUGGACCAUAUGCUCACACUGGAUCCCAGUAAACGAUGCACAGCGGAGCAAGCCUUGCAAAGUGACUUCCUGAAGGACGUUGAUGUCAGCAAGAUGGACCCUCCAGACCUUCCUCACUGGCAAGACUGCCAUGAACUGUGGAGCAAGAAACGGCGGCGGCAACGGCAGAGCGGGAUUGUGGUGGAGGAGCCCCCCUUGGCAAAGGUUUCCAAGAAGGAGACAGCCUCCAUAAUAAGCACAGAUGCCAUCAAGAAUCACAGCAGUCCAGUAAAUCCACCACCUGUUCAGAUCAAAACACAGCCUUGUGCUGGGGAUGCAUUCGCAAGCCUCGGUGACAUCACACAGCAACUGAAUCAAAGCGAGCUGGCUGUCUUGCUGAACUUGUUGCAGAGCCAGACAGACCUUAGUGUUCCGCAAAUGGCCCAGCUGCUCAACAUCCAUUCGAAUCCGGAGAUGCAGCAACAGCUGGAGGCCCUCAACCAAUCCAUCAAUGCACUCAAUGAAGCCACCACCACGCAACAGCCGCAGGAUUCUCCGAAAGUGCCCGAAGAGGAAGCAGCUGUUGAGGAACCGCCACUACAAGCUCAGCUGUCUGAAGAGCAAGCCACCCCAGAAGCGGCAAGCACUCAGGGAGACAUGCAGAGUAUGCUGGCAGUUUUGUUGAGCCAGCUCAUUAAGACCCAAGAGCCUGCAACAAACAUGGAGGAGAACAAUGGCGAGAAGAGCAGUGAGCUGCGGGGGCCACGGAAAACCCCCACUUUGCCUCAGGAGGAAACUACAGCCUGUCCUCACAUUCUCCCACCAGAGAAGAGACCCCCUGAGCCUCCUGGACCACCACCGCUGCCGCCUCCACCACCCAAUCUGGCUGAGGAGAACAUCUCCAAUGCAGCUCAGGAGUUGAACCCGGCUGUGACAGCCGCCCUCCUCCAUCUUUUAUCCCAGCAAGAGGCAGGGCCGCCGAGCCACCCAAAGCAUGAACCCCAAGUUGUGAGGCCCUCUUUGGAUUACACCAGGUCACAAACCUCAUCCAGGACUUAUGGCACCGACGGGUCCGAGAACAGCAGCUUUGAUGUUGAUGAGCGGAAUUCCAGCCAGACUUUAACAGAGACAUCACCCCAGACCUCGGGGAAAAGUAGGACAUUUCUGGGCUCUGCAAGUCACCUCGGGGAGUCAAGCAGCUUCCAGGGUGCAGGAUCGGUUCAAUUCCCAGGGGACCAGGACCUCCGUUUCACCCGAGUCCCCUUAGGGAUGCAUUCUGCUGUUGGGCAGUCCUUCAUCAAAACCGAGGGGAGCAACAACACACUGGUACACCCAGAGGCCAAAAUUCAUAACUACAGUGAGGUGGGAGUGGCAAACGUUAGUUCUAGUGACACAGGAACAAGUCACACGUGGGGGAACCCGGUCCAGUCCACUGCUUAUGGAAAAGCCUUUCGUGGGCAGAGUAGAGUGCCUCCGAGAGGAGGAAGAGGAAGAGGGGUACCUUACUAAAAUGACUGGAGAGGGGGAAUUGGUCAUUCUUUUGGUGGUGUUUUACCCUCCUCUUCCCCUCUUGACCUUACAGCAGCCAGUGUGUCAGGACAAACCAUUGCCCACACAUCCAGCCACCACAAAAAAUGGUUUAUUGUUGAUUCUUCCCCCCUUUCUGAUCACCAAACUGCUGCGGUUCUCUCGCCCCUACCCUGGGGCUUUACAAUGAAGACCUUGGCCUUUUUUAUUUUUUGACACCUGUCCAUACCCAAAGGCCUACUGAUUUGGGUUCGAUAUGGCAAGCUUCCCCACUCAAAGAGGGAGAGAGAAGGGGGAAGGAAAGAAUCCUUAAAAUACAUAAUAAUAAAUUGGAAAUAUGAAUUGAAUGUGUUUGCUAGCCUAGAGCCAUUUAUUUCUGAAAGUGAGCCCCACAGAAGGUCUGGAUGAUUUGAAUCAGUUGCCCUGGUCUAUAAUACAUGCCACAGGAUGAGGUGGUAGACUGAGCUGUACUGCUUCAGACUGCAGGUGGGAGAAUUGCCCUUUUUGAAUCUGUGUGCAUACUCUAAAACCUACCUCUCUGCAAGCAGAAAGCCUAACAUGCCAAGGAGAUUGUAGCCUAGCCCUCUCCUGCUAUGCCUGCAUUUUUUCUGAAGGUAAAAUGAUGGUGUGGUAGUUUCUUUUAAUAUGGGAAGAGGGGAGUUUUCAAAAAGGACAAUCCCCCCCCCAAUAUGCACAACUCGCUCUACUACCUCAUUCUGCCCCAUGUGUGGACAGUAUUGUGAAGGCGAUACAUUGUUUUGUUUUUCCUUUGCCUGCUUAAAUUUCAAAAUUUGUCAGAUGAUGCCUACAUGCCUUUCUUACUGAACUAGGAGAACUUGGUUUAUGUUCUGUAAGAUUUGGGAUAUUUUUUCCCCCUUCUCAGCCACAUUUUCUUCAUGUGAAAAGACAAGAUGCUACAUUCUUCCAUGGGCCAACUGUCCCCUGUUUUACUGUGAAAGGCCCUAUGCUGUCAGACUCACCAUCCAAACCUUAGCUGAACUGAAUUUCUGUAGUGGCCAUGAGUCCCACUGGCUUUUGGGUGGGUUUUUUUAUUAUUUUCUCUCUCAAGAAGGGUGAGUGUCUUUUUGUUGAAGUUCUAAGAGCCAAAGUAAAUGGCUAAAAAUAAAAUAAAAACUAAAAACUUUGUAAUCCUUAAAUUCUUGGGGGCGGAGAAAGCUUAGGUUUGAAGGUGGGGGAAACCUGAAAAAGUGAGAUUUACAUUUUCAAUCUUCCAAAAGGUUAAUAGGCAUUGCUGCCUCAUGUAGUUUCUCUGUUUUCAAUGUUAAAGAAGCCUUUUUGCAGUUUUCCUCCCGAUACUGCAAUGAGGAUCUAUUUUUAGUUGCUUUAGCAGCUCCAACCACACUGAUGAUUUUUUACAAACAUUUGUAAAAUACAUAUCUUUAAUGUGAAGGAGAGUAGGCCUGUUGGAGGCUGUGUUUUGGGGGGGAAAGAUAAAAUGCAGAAACUUGGAGGGGUAAAUAAUUUCUUGGUAAAACAUAAUUUUCACCCCUUUUAAAGUUGACAGUGUUCAAAGGGAGAAGCUUGUCAGAAAUUUGGGGACAGAAGGGGAGAGGGAGUUGUAGCUCGGGCUUCUGGUCAUUACUUUACAAAAAAAGAAAACAAUGCUUUCAUAUUAUACAAAAGAAAAGCUGCCUAUAUGUGUAACACGCUGCUGCUGAGGGCAGAAAAAAUAUGCCUUAAACACAUGGACAAGAGAGACUGGUGUUGUACAAGGGAGUUGAAACAAUCUUUAGAAAGAAUUCUGUGAGAGUGGGGGCACUAUUAAGUACAAUAUGUGCUGCCGUGUAUUAAUAACAACAAAAAAAUCUGCAAAGUGUAAGUUUGCAAAAUUCCAAGUGUAAAUUUUGUGUGUGUGUAUUUUUUAAUUCAGUCAUGAGUUCAUGCCUAACAUGCGCAACAAAAAAGAGCGAGAGAGAGAAAGUACUGUACAUGCAGAGUAUGGUAAAUAAAAAGGAGAGACUUCUCCCA